AUGAAUCUCCAUCAUGUCCUCUUUCCCAUUCUUCUUAUUUUUCUUGUUGAUUUGUCAGAGUAUGAUGUCUUAGCAUAUAAUACGGAUGAUGGUUACGAUAACGCAUCAAAGUGUAACAUUUACCAAGGGAGUUGGAUAUAUGACAACUCCUCUAAUCCUCUUUAUGGAACAUCGACAUGUCCGUUCAUCGGAUUGGAUUGUCAGAAGCUUGGUAGGCCGGAUAAGAACUACCUCUAUUACCGAUGGCAACCCUCCGGGUGCAAUAUCCCAAGAUUCGACGGACGAGAUUUCUUAACGAGAUUCAGAGGGAAGAAAAUACUAUUCGUGGGAGAUUCACUAAGCAACAAUAUGUGGGUGUCUCUAAGCUGCAUGCUUCACGCGGCCGUUCCUAACGCUAAGUAUACCUUCCAGCCCACCAAGCUCCUCUCUACUUUCACCAUUCCGGAAUAUGGAAUAUCUGUAAAUUUCCUGAAAAACGGUUUCCUGGUGGAUUUGGUAGCGGACAAAACAAGAGGAUUGAUUCUGAAACUAGACUCGAUUAGUUCAGGGAAUCAAUGGUUGGGAUCAGAUGUUGUCAUCUUUAACACAUUCCACUGGUGGUCUCACACCGGCCGUGCCAAAACAUGGGACUACUUUCAAACGGGAGACCAAAUAGUGAAAGAGAUGAACAGAAUGGAGGCUUUCAAGAUUGCAUUGACCACUUGGGCUAAGUGGAUUGAUCACAACAUUGAUCCUUCAAAAACUAAGGUUUUCUAUCAAGGCGUCUCUCCCGUUCAUUUAAAUGGAGGUGAAUGGGGUAAACCAGGGAAGACUUGCUUGGGCGAGACGGAACCAGUGAAAGGACCAAGUAACCCCGGACCUAAUAUAGGUGAAACUAUAGUGAGAAAAGUGAUCGGAGCGAUGGCUAAACCGGUGAACCUCCUCGAUGUGACGGCUAUGACAGAGCUGAGGAAGGACGCUCACCCUUCAAUCUACGCCGGUGGAGGCAGUCGCUUAAACGACUGCAGCCAUUGGUGCCUCCCCGGGGUCCCCGACGUAUGGAACCAGCUCCUUUAUACGACUCUUCUUGGCCGUUAGUUUUGCUUGGCAUCAAAUUAAAUUUAUAUACGGUCCAGAAGCUUCCGUUACCAAAAAAAGCUUGGAUUUAUAA